AUGGACAGGGAGCCAACAUCAAUGGCGGCAAAUCAGGAGGAAGCUAGAUGCGUAUAUUUAUAUGUGUUUGGUGAUGAGGGUGAAUACACUAAUGCAAUCUAUGAGGUGAAAUUCAAACAUGAAGUGCCAAGAGUUGUUGAACUUGUUGCCAAGUUCUAUGAGGGUAGGGAUUAUUGCUUUGAGGCUGCACGAAUUUUCAACUGCUCUAUAUUAUACUGUCGUAAACGGGAUGGUGGAUAUAUUAUUGACACCAACACUAGGGCAAGAUCUUCCUCUGUUCCUCCUACCCUAGCCUCUAAACCAACAUUAACUCUCGUGUCUGCGUCUAGCAAACUUUACUGUCUUGUAAUUUCAUGGUCCUACCCAUGGUCCUACAAACCAAUUUUGGAGCCCUCCUUCGAGAGGUGCGAUCUUGAUGAGAACAUCUGGGAGCAAAUGUCUUAUUUUCCAUUUUAUAAUGACUAUCACACCUCUAUGGAGAUAACUGAUUAUGCCAUUUCUUAUGGGGUUAUUUUUUUUCGUUGUUAUGUCGUGACGGAAGUGAUGUCGAUGUUGUUGCUUUCAUGA